GAUUUAGUCCGUAAGCCCACUGUCCAGGUCUCCAUUUAUACCCCCAACCCUGGCCACAUAUCCGCCCUUUAAGUGUGGAAAGGUUUUCUCACCGAAGAAGAGCGAUAGUGUUUUUAUUCGUGCUGUGGAGGGUAAAUUUCACUGCGGACAACAACGCCCAUCGCCGACCGCAACGCCUAUCGAGAUUCGAAAUUGAGCUAUCUCGCUCUACUACAGAGGAUGUCGCUUCGCACUACCGCUGAGAAUCGCUUCGACACCUUCAAGCUGUACACAACGUCAUACAAAAAAAUCGGCGACCAUGAAAUAGAAGUCAAUGUCCUCGUGCCCAAAGACAUCAAGCCGGGCAAACGUCCGAUAAUGAUCAAAUGGCACGGCGGUGGUCUGACCGCAGGCACAGCUGUCUACCCCCCCUGGUUCGCAGGCUACCUCGUUCCCUUCCUCCACCGCAACAACGCCAUCGCCAUCCUCCCCAACUACCGCCUCGCCCCCGAGCACACGGGCGACGAAAUCCUCUCCGAUGUCGCGGACCUGGGUGCAUGGCUUACGGAUUCGCUGCCAGCGUAUCUCGCAUCCAAGGAACCCGCCAUCUCCCCCGACCUCUCUAAAAUCCUAGUAUCUGGCGAAUCUGCAGGCGGCUGGGUCGCUCUGCAGUCUGUGCUGUCACUUUCGGAGGGCACGUUUAAGGCAUGUCUCCUGCAGUAUCCCGUGCUCAACGCUUUCCCCACGUAUCCGGACGACAUCAUCAUGGGGGAUCCCAUUCCCCCGAAGGAAGUCCUGGACGAGUUUCUCACAGGCAUAGUUCCAGGUACUAUCAUUAGCGCAGCUCGCCCACCCUUGCGCAACGCCGUGGCGCCAAUGCUGCGCGCGCAUGGAAGGUGGGGUGAGUUUUUUGGCACGGGGAAGCAUUUGAUGCCUGAUACGCGGAUUGAAGAUGCGCAGUUUUGGGUGCCAACGUAUAUUUUGCACGGGAGGGACGACACGAAUGUUGCGGUGGAGUGGAGUGAGAAAUUUGUGGGGAGGGCGAGGAGCCUGUUUCCCGAGACGAAGAUUGAACUUGCUACACCGCCUGGGGAACACGGGUUUGAUGGAGAUUUAUAUGAGGAAGAUGCGGGGUGGUUAGCAGACCUGUUAAAGGGGGUUGAGGGGGAAUGGCUGGCGUGAUGGGGUGGCUAGAGUCUUUGUCAGUGUUACCUGGCAUUCUUCGAAGUGUGUUGAUGAUUGGCAACGAGU